CGAUAUCCUAUUUUUGGAAUUCUGGCAUAACCUAAAAUUAUUAUUAUGUUGCAUUUGGUUGGUUAGUGGUUGAGAAUUUUACGUUUCAAAGAUGAGAUUGACUGAAAUCUGCUACAAGCACAAUUUGUAUCGACAGCUAACCGCAACAUGGCGGGUUCAGAGCAAGAGACGAAAAAUCCUCGAUGUGGGUCUCAAAAGUCGACUGGAGAAGAACAACAUGGUAAUAUAUGAUGCCAUGGAUAUAGCUGCUAUUCCUGAACCUCAUAUAGAUGAAAUUCAAACGUUACAAGUCACACCAAUCCCGAGCCAGAUACUAAACAAGUGGAAGCCAGUCAACCAAUCAGAAAACGUCUACUAGCCUUCAGAGACAACAAUGUUCUACUGGAAGGGAUGGAUCAAGCCAAACGCCUUACCAACACCAUUGAGCCUGAGCCGAACGUAUUGCCUCAACAGUUGACCUCUUUGAUUGAUGCGGUGAAGCUGACUGAACAAGAUGAUUUAGCCAAGAGGUGCAUAUUAUCGUCGAUCGCUUUCGAAUGUGAGCAAGUGAAACUGCCAAUCAGGAAGAAACUAAGAAGCGCAUGUGGGUGUUUCCGCGUGACUAUGGAAUUAGUCAACCAAGGCGCAG